UCGCUACUUUGGAUAUAAACAAUGAUAUUCAACUAUAUAAUUUUAUGAAACAUACCGGAUCAUGUCUUGUAUUACUUCAAUUAUUUGAUCGUAUACCGAAUAAAGGAAUUUGGAAAUCUAUCAUGGAUUAUUGUUGGAAAAAAAGUUUAGAUCGUUUAAAUAUAGAAAAUCCAUUACCAAAUAACAUUCUAACUACAAAUAACUAUGGGUUUGGAAUUCUAGAUGGAAAUGUUCAGAAGAUUAAAGUUGAAAAUGUGAUAUCAAAGAUUAAUUUUCCACUUCAAAUUUCUGACGAAAUUAUUGAUAACUGGUAUGAUUAUUCCAAUAAUUAUUAUAGUCAUUUUAGGAUCAAGGAAGAUUUCAAACUCUUAAAUGCCCAUUUAUUCAGUCCUUAUAUGAAUGCUAUACGUAAAUUAUUUGUUGUUGCUUCAUCAAAUUACUAUGUACAAAAACGUGAACUUGAAUUUAACCAGUGGAAAAUAAAAAUUGAUGAUGAAGAAAUUGAAUUGCGAGUUCUCAAGGAUAAGUGGUAUCGAACUUCCACGAAAUUUGAUAGCGAUUAUUCAAACUUUGAAAAGUAUUUAAUUAGUAGCUCAUUAUUUGAUAACGGUGAUAUCCUUAUAUUA